AUACCGGCUUCUACUUAGACUUAAAGCAAUCGACUGGGUUAGGCGCCGAGCAGAGAGACUACGGCUCAGGCCGGCGGUAACCGGGAGGGCAGCCGCCUCCCUUGGCUGGGAGGGGGGGGAGGCUUGGGAGGGACGGCUCUGAAUUGCAUGUCUCUCGACCAUGGAUCACGACGACCCGGCCGAGGCGUUGACUGCGGUGCGCGAGAGGCGGCCGAGUUUGCUGGAGCUAUUUCAAGUGGCGACAGGCUCCGGGUUGGUUGCCUACACCGUGUGGGCGCUGCUUCUGCAGCCGGGCUUCCGCCGCGUGCCCCUAAAGCUGCAGGUGCCCUACAUUGGUGCGAGUGCCCGACAGGUUGAGCACGUGCUGUCGCUGUUACGAGGCCGCCCUGGAAAAAUGGUGGAUCUAGGCUCUGGUGAUGGCAGGAUCGUGCUGGCGGCCCACCAAUGUGGUCUCCGUCCAGCUGUGGGUUAUGAGUUGAACCCGUGGCUUGUGGGACUUGCACGGCUGCAUGCCUGGAGGGCUGGUUGUUCUGGGAAUGUCUGCUACCAUCGGAAGGAUCUCUGGAAGGUGAGCCUCAGAGACUGUCACAAUGUGUCUGUGUUCCUGGCCCCCAGUGUGCUCCCACUGCUGGAGGAUAAGCUGCAAAAAGAGCUACCUGCAGGGGCCCGUGUGGUAUCUGGACGUUUCCCCCUUCCCACCUGGCAGCCUGUAGCUGUGGUGGGUGAGGGCGUGGACAGAGUCUGGGCCUAUGAUGUCCAUGGUGCUGGGCCAGCUGUGUCUUCUUGUGGGGUGCCCAGCAAGGCCAUCCCAGAGUCCAGUUCUAUCUCCAUCCCUAGGACUUUUGUUUGACAGGCUGGUUGACUGGAUACAAUAAAGACUCUGG